AUGCGUCAGGACUCGUCCAACACCUUUGAUGGCCCGGAUGACUUCUACAAUUGGCUCAACACCAGCAUCAUUCAGGUGCGUUCUCUUACCUCUCUCCUACAUCUCUGUGUUAUAGCUCCUCGUGCACUUGGUGCGUGUUUCGUCCCGCAUACCCACGCCUACCUUCCGCCCACCCACGCGGCAUCACAACCCUCCCUUGUCUGCAUAAAGGCUCGCACGCUCAUCGGCCCGUGCGCUCCUCACUGCCCGCCGCUCUCCCCGCCGCCCCUGCAGAAACUGUGGGCGGAUCCGACGUGUGGCUCCGACACAUGCGACCGCCCCUUCCAGUACCCCGCGUACGAGGAGUUUCAGCCAUUCCCUGUGGGCGAUACAAAGGUGUCAGUGGCGUUGGACAUUCCGGACGGCGACUGGGUGGUGGUGCUCAACGCGCCCGCGGGGGCCAUCCGCGGCACCGUGCACGCACCCCCUCCGGGCACGCGCCACUUCUCCGUCGUCGGCACCGCCUCCACCAUUGAGCUCGCCGCGUGGGGCUACUCUACACACGACGAUGAUGUGGAUGCAGCCAAUCAGGCGCUGCCAAGUGACGGCGCUGGUGGUUCUCCGCCUGAUGUCUGCCGUGAUACAUGUGCAAGGCUGGUGCUCUGCCUGCCAGCAACCUGUGGGCGAGCAUUCACGGAGCGGGAGGUGGCACGGACGUUUGUGGACUGUGCGCGCAUGUGCAUCGUUGCACCUUCUUCCAUCACCACCUACGUCGACACUCCCUGCCCCAUGGCCCAGGAACAACUCCGCCGCCUACACCCACACCGCCGCCUGCACCCACACCGCUACAACGAUUGGACCUCCUCGGCCUUGCCCACUGACGCCCCUCCUGCAUUUGCUUCGCUGGUUGCUUCUGCUGCGUCUGCUGAUGCCGCUCCUGUGGCUCUGCCCGCUCCGCCAGUGCAAGGCGCACCAGGAGCAGCAGUUGCAGCCCUGCCACCGCCAGCAGCAGCAGCAGCAGCAGCAGUAGCAGCAAUGGCAGCAGCGGGAACGGCAGCCACAGCAGACCCCACACAACCCUCUCUCUGGUCGCUCCUUGGUGCCACCGACCGUCAGCGACUGACAGCGCUGCAGGUGGCGGUGUCGCGUGCUCUCUUCACCAUGGCUAAGGACCGCUGCCUGGCUGGCCGUGCUCCAGGAGCAGAGGCGAGGGUAGUGGCGGGAGCGAGCAACCACACACAUGGAGGGUUGGGCAGCGUGCGGUGGCGUAUGGUGGCGUGCUUUUGCACGAUGCUGGGGGGCCCUGUGACGACGCUGGAUGAGUGCCGGUUCACAGAUGAAGCAGGGCAGCCGGUGGUGGAGGGUGGCGAGAUGUACGCAUACCUGCAGCGCACGCAUGUGAGCGGUGGACGCAUGAUCUCAGCGCAGCACAUGCGGCGCUUUGUGCAAACGAUGGUGGCGGCUCUGCGGUCCGUCACGCCCAUGCCAGACGCGGUUGCGGCGCGUCUCAACACGCUCAUGUACUCCUUUAAUGUACUCCAACUCUGUCGGCUGCUCACAAGGCACUUCCUUAACCCUCUCUGUCUCCCUUCAGGUGGUGCGUGGCUGCAGUGGCGGGCAGGCGUGUCUCACAACACGGCCAUCCAUGUGGGCGACAAAGUCACCUGGGUGUGGGAUGACGACCUCCCACACUCCAUCAGAGUGGCGGGGAUGGGCGAAGCAGGCGACCCACUGUUCGUGGGCUUUGGGGGGAACCGCCUGGCCGUGUCACGGCAGAUGGCGUGCACUCCCAUGAACGUGGGCGCUGGUGACAUGCGUGACGACCCCGUGCCCUGCGUGCUACGAAUGGACGACGAGCCGUUGGGUUCCUUUGCGUACAGCAAGGUGUUUGGAGAGCCCAUCACCAUCCACUACGCGGACGGCUCGCUGGCAGGCACGGCUGGGGACGCCGUGUCUUCCUCUGCCUCUCCCUCCUCCUCCCCCACCCCCACCUCCAUGUCCGCCAGCAUUCUCACAGUGCUGCCUGCAAUGGCUGGGGCGGAUGCUAAUGGUAAGCACUGCAUGUGUGCGUUUCAUCUCUCUUGUGCUUUUCAGCUAUUCCAUGCGCUCUCCCAUGCGCCCUCUCCCAUGCGCCCUCUCCCAUACGCCCUCUCCCAUGCGCGCUCUCCCAUGCGCCCUCUCCCAUGCGCCCUCUCCCAUGCGCCCUCUCCCAUGCGCCCUCUCCCAUGCGCCCUCUCCCAUGCGCCCUCUCCCAUGCGCGCUCUCCCAUGCGCCCUCUUCCAUGGGCCCUCCCUUUUAGCUGCAUUCACUCGCCCUCCGUUCAUUAUCUCCUCAACGUUCCCAGUUGCUGCAUCCUAUAACACCGCGGUCGUUACCAACACCACAAACCCCACCGCUGCCAACAGCAUGACUGCUGGCCCCACCAACACCACGACAACCUACGAGUGUGCACCAGGGUGCCGGCUGCAGCGGCUGGCGAACGGGGUGUGUGAUUCGCCCUGCAACACGCCCGCGUGCGCCUUUGACGGUGGCGACUGCGCGUGUGUCGACCCUCUCUUCGGCCCCGGCAUCUGCGCCUGCCCGCCCGGCCACACCCGCCGCGACGACGGCUCGUGCUGUCUGUCGACGGCGGUGGGCGCCAAUCUCAACUUCCCCUUCUCACUGCAGCGCUACGGCCCCAACUACACAGAGAGCAACUACGUGUUUGCGGCUAAGAGGGGCUUUGCGGCCACACGCUACGUGUCUCGCCACAACCGUCUGUUGAUUGGCAUGGUGCUGCAGCAGGAUCGGUGGGGCACACAGCAGUGCAGCGGAGCGUGCCUGCUGCACCUUGGGGGGUGGUGCAGCAACGGCACGUCCACAGAACCGUUUGGAGUGAACCCGCACUUCCUGCCCACAUCGGCCAUCUACGACAGCGCUGCCAACUCCAACCUGAGCCAGCUCGACAACAACACCUUUGGCUUUAAGCUGAAGUUCAACCCGCAGGGCCUCCCCUACGGCUUCAUCUACCCCUUGGAGUCUCUCACGACAUACCCUUUGGUGUUUGGCAUUAAUCUUGAUAACGAGGCGGCCACAAGGCGUCUACACUACCUGGUGGAUGGCAGCUACAUUGACAAUGGCACGCGCAGCGUAGACGUCAACUUCAUCACCUUCAAUGGCGAGACGCUCACUUUUGUGCUGACAACUGUGAGGUGCACAAUGAACGAGGGGGGCAGCAUGGCAGUCACCUUCAAGUCACAGCCGGCAGCUAUGGCGAUGUACGAUGCAUCGGCGGAGAACAUCGCACGGCUGGUGCUGGAGAUAAUUUACUUGGUGGGGCUGCUCUGGAAUGUGUGUGGCGAGCUGCAGGAGAUGGUCGACCGCGCUGCCAAGGAUGGCUCAGUGCUCAGCUAUUUUGAGCAAGCAUGGAACUGGAUCGACAUGCUCUCUCUCUCGUUGCAAGCCAUCGUUGUUGUCCUCUGGGUGGUGCUGUGGCGGUACGUGAGCACGUUUGACAUGCAGCCACUGUACAACAUCUACUAUUCGCUGUUCGAGAUGCCGCGCUACUGGGCCGUGCCCAACCCGCCCACGGGCUUCAUCAGAGCCACUCAAGUUUUUGUUGAUCUGCGCAACAUCAUCAACCUUCGCGCCAUGCUGCAGCUGUUGCCAUGCCACCCACGUAAACGUGAUGGCAAGUAG